AUGGAGGCGCUGGUCCUGCUGAACGCGCUGGGCACCCGGCUGCUCUUCGCCCUGCACGCGCUGCUGGGCGUCUGGCGGGUGACGGAGGUGAAGAAGGAGCGCAAGUACUGGCUGCUGGCGCUGCUCAACCUCUUGCUGUGCCUGGAAACGGCGCUCACGCUCAAGCUGAAGCGGGGAAGAGGCUACAAAUGGUUUUCACCGCCGAUCUUUGUCUAUCUCAUCAGCAUCGUGCCCUCAUUGUGGAUUCUGGAACUUCAGCCUAAAAAUCAGCUUUGCCCCAAUGAAUAUGAGCAGCUGGUGAAGAACCAAAGUGGACAAGUCAGAGCCACUUACAGAAAUGAGACCGCAGCAAACCACAUAAUGGAAAAGGCCCAGGAGUUUGUCAGCACGCUGUCCAGAAUGUGUGAGCCCGUCUGGACGCUGAGCCUCCACCAGACCUUCCUGCUGCUGCUCAUCCUGGGCCGCUGGCUGCUUCCCAUCGGUGGGGAGAUCACCAGGGACCAGCUCUCUCAGCUGCUGCUGCUCUUCGUGGGCACCGCCGCAGACAUCCUGGAGUUUACCAGUGAAACCCUGGAAAUAGAGAACGUCCGGAACAAAGACACUCUGGUGUAUGCAAUCCUAGCCGUGUGGACUUGGAGCAUGUUGCAAUUCCCUCUGGAUCUAGCAGUGCAACAUCUCAACUGUGAUCGAGCACCUUCAUCUACCAAAGUUUUUCAUCUGCUCCUCUGCAGACACAGUGCCGACCUCUGGAACAUCGGCAUCAGCCUUUUCAUCCAGGACGGCCCGUUCCUCGUGGUGCGCCUGAUCCUGAUGGGCUACUUUCAAGUGGUGAAUCAGAUGCUCGUGUUUUUUGCGGCCAAGAAUAUUUUGAUUGUGAUGUUGCAGCUCUACCGUCUUGUGGUGCUGUCGCUCGACUUCCAUGCCUCCCUCCAGCGCAGGGCAAAAAGCCAGAAAGGAGCCACUUCCUGCUGCCCCUGUGAGCCCAGCUCCAUCAGUCUCCCAUCCAAUGGCCUGCUGGACGGAGGCGACUCUACCGGCCUGGAGGAGACCUUCCCAGACUCGGCUGAGUGCUUGUGAGGGAAGGGUCUCUUCUGCCCCAGGCCCAGCCCUUCC